AUGGACGCCUCCUCCCUCCGCAUCUCCAAGUUCGAUGGAACUAACUUCCACGCCUGGAAGUUCAAGAUGCAGAUGGUGCUGGAGGAACGGGACCUAUGGGAGGUCGUCAGCGGUGAGAUCAAGGCGGAACAGUGCGAGACUCAGUUGGACCAAGCGACGUACAAGAGGAAGUCAAGAAAGGCGAUGGCAGUGAUCUGUCUAGCCAUGGAAGAUUCCCAGCUACCGUUGGUCCGGUCGGCAAGUGGUGCAUGCGACGCAUGGUCAAGGUUGGAAGACCACUUCGAGAAGAAGAGUCUUGCCAACAAGCUGUUCUUGCGCCGUCGCUUCUUCACGACAAUGAUGGAAGAAGGCGACGAUGUGCUCGAACACAUCAACAAGCUCAAGACGCUGGCGGAACAGCUAGAAGCGGUGGGGGCUCCAGUCUGCGAGGACGAUCUGGUGAUCACACUCCUCGGCAGCCUGAGUGACUCGUAUCAAUUCUUGAUCACAGCUUUGGAGUCGCGCUCAGACACUCUUAGCUGGGAGCUCGUGACGUCUCGACUGCUUCAUGAAGAAAUGAAGCGGAAGGAGCAAGGAAGUAAAGGUGAUGAAGCUUCGCAAGGUCAAGCGUUCAUCACAAGGGACAAUCAGCGCAAAGGGCGACCAGUGAAGAAGUCCUGGCCGUGCCACAAUUGCGGAAAGAUUGGUCACUGGAUGGCGGAGUGCCCCUCGCGCAUCCAAGAAAACACGGAGAGACACCGGCCACAGCGUGCUCAAGACAGCGGCGACCGCUAUCGAUCACAACGUGCAAACGUCGCUCAAGAAGAAGACUCGGGCGACUACCUCUUUUCGAUCGGUGAAACGACAUCUGCGAAAUCGAGCGACAUCUGGCUGGUCGACUCCGGGGCGACGCAGCACAUGACGUGCUCCAAGAAGUUCAUGCGGAACUACAAGGGGUUUGACGCUGUGGAUGUCCAUCUAGCGGAUGAUGGAAUCGUCCAAGCAAUCGGCAGUGGGGACAUUGUCAUGUCGAUGAAGACACCCCAAGGGAUGAAGAAAGGUGUGCUCACAAACGUGUGGCACAUCCCAAAGUUAUCCAGAAACCUGUUCUCGGUCGGCCGCUUCACCAAGGAUGUCGGCCCAGUGACGUUCACGAAGGAUGGGUGCUAUGGAGAAGCGAAAGGGACCAAGUGGAAAAUUGGUGCCCGUGAAGGUAAAGGACUGUUCAAACUGCAAAUUGAUGAACUUUAG